AUGACCGGCUGGAAACGUCUAAAUGUCGGCGUCAUUGGAGGCGGAAUCGGUGGCAUGUCCGUUGCCAUCGCCCUCCGCCGCGCAGGCCACGACGUGACCAUCUACGAGAAAUCUGAUUUCGCCGGUGAAGUAGGCGCAUCUGUUUCCUGCGCUGCGAACGGUACCCGCUGGCUGCAUGAAUGGGGGGUUGACAUUGCCAAGGGUGACCCGGUGGUUUUGAAGAAAUUGAUUAAUCGGGACUGGAAGACGGGUGAACCCGUUAGUGUGUAUGAUUUGGAUGAUUAUGAGAAGCGGUGGGGGUAUGUGUACAACAUGUUUCAUCGGCAGUAUAUGCAUUCUAUGUUGAAGGAUUCUGCGUUGGGGGAGGAAGGUGAAGGGUCGCCUGCGAAAUUGGUGGUUAAUCAUCGGUGCCGUGAUAUCGAUAUGAAGACUAGCACGGUCAUCUUCGAAAACGGAGUCACCAUACACCACGAUCUAAUCGUCGGAGCUGAUGGUAUCGGCUCUGCCGUGCGAGGUAUCCUGGGUAUCAAACCCGAGAAGCGUCCCUCCGAGUCCAGCUGCCUCCAUGCCAACGUCGACACCGACGAAGCCGUCCGACUAGGUCUAGUCGACUACUCCCAAGACAGCGCCCUAGAAUACUGGGGCGGCCAAGAAGGCAAAUGGGAUAAGAUCGUGCUCUCCCCCUGCAACGGCGGCAAACUCCUCUCCUAUUACUGCUUCUUCCCCCGCGAACAAGGCGAUUACUCAACCCAAGCCUGGGGCUCGGAGAGUCGACCCGUCGAGGAACUCCUCAAGCCUUACCCUCAACUAGACCGUCAGGUUUUCAAGCACUUGUCUAUCGGCAAGGAGAUUCAGCCAUGGCGGUUGUGGGUGCACGAUCCUUAUCCGUAUAUUCACCAGGCGAACGUCUGUCUGUUGGGUGAUGCGGGACACCCGAUGAUGCCUCAUCAAAGUCAGGGUGCGUGCAUGGCUAUCGAGGAUGCGGCCGCGCUGGGAAUUCUCUUCAAUAAGAAGUAUUUCAACGGUGACGUUGCACAGUCCCUGGCUGCUUAUGAGAAGGUGCGCUUGCCUCGUGCUACGCGAGUGCAGGCUGCGGCUGCCAAGGCGGCGUAUAACAUUAACGAGAGAAUUGGAUUCUCCGUGAACAAGGAUACUCCUACCUACAAGGUUGAGGAUCCGAAGAAGGUCCUGACGAUUGAAGAGAUGAACUCAUACGACAUGUACCGCGAUAUCGAAGAGAAACUCGCGACUAUCCGCGGAGUCAACUACACGGACAAGUUCGUCUGCGGACUCCCCGUGGGCUUGGAACUGCCAAAUGGGAUUAUUGUCGGAGCAGCAGCAUGA